AUGUCAGGUUUACGUCGGCUGCUUUCAAAUGGCAUUGCACAAACGGCGCAAACAAGAACUGUAUUUUUACGCGGCGGUGAUAAUUUCGAUCGUUUCAAAAAUUCCAUGACCGAGACUCUAAGACACGGAGAGUUGUCAAGAAAAGUGUUCAUGAAAAUUUUCCUUUUUGCUUCAAUUCCAUGUCUUGCCAUGGGAAUGUUCGUAGCCUACAGGGAUCACGUUGCACGCAGGGACAAGGAGCGUCCUAAAUACAUUCCGUACAGGUUCCUUAACGUCAGAAACAAGCCCUUUCCAUGGGGAGACGGUAAUCAUUCGCUUUUUCACAAUAAACGCGAACAGUAUGUGCCUGGAGUUGGAUUCGAGGAGGAGCGAAAACAUUGA